UCACGGUGAGAAACUGAUCCUAGAGCAGACUUAGCUGGCCGCUAUCCGCUGUUGUACGGCGUCGCAAUAGUUACAGCUGACCACAGACCAGCUGUCAGUCAAACACGAGCACUCCGAGGAGGACGAGCACCGAGGAGGAGCCGCGAGAAUAAAGAUGUCAUCAACCUCAACGAUUUCCCAUCCGGAGGCUGAUGGCGAGCUGGGCUUCGCCCCGCGCCCCGCAGGAGGACGUCCCGCGCAACGCGCCGAGAGAGCCCGUGACAUCCCGACGUUGGGUGGGGAAGCCCAAUGGAAGCUUCCCACUGACUCCGAACAAGCGAAGGAGAUCCGUGCGGUUCCGAUACACCAGCGUCCCGACCUGCUGGUUCCCUGCGCCGACCUGGUGAACUCCGAGUGGCGGCGCAGCCGGGCCGCCCGGGUCCACUCCCUCCGGAAGUCCUGUCCGGACUUCCCCGUCUGCCUGGUGCUCCUGCGCGGCCUCGGGGAGACGGAGCGGCUGCUCGGCCACGCCCGGCUGUCCCGGGUCGUGGGUCAUGCCGGCAGCCUGUUCGUGGAGUCGGUGGUGGUGUCCGGCGCCGAGCGAGGGAGGGGCUACGGCCGGACUCUGAUGGAGGAGGCGGAGCAAUACGCCAAAAGCAGAGGGUUCGCGCGCAUGUGCCUGACCACUCACGACAAGCAGCGGUUCUACGCGCACCUCGGGUACGCGCUGUGCACCCCGGUGCAGAGCGCGGGCGCCAUGGCGGCGUUCGUCCCCAUGGAGAUGCUUUUGAGGUUCUCCGGGAUGCAGAGUGAGGGAGAAGAGGAAGAAGAGGCGAAGACACAAACGCGGACAACGAUGAAGGUUCCGGCACCACAAGGAAGUGUUUGUGUUGCGGGGUCACCUCCACCUCAUAGCUUACAUCCUCCACCUCCACCACCACCUCCUUCCUUCCUUCCUUCCCCUCCACCUCCUCCUUGCGUCCCUCCUCCUCCUCCUCCUCCGUCUGCGGUGCAGCUUGUCGUUCAGACUCUGGAUGAAACUCCCUACAGAGACGCCAAAGGAGUCCCCAUCUAUUGGAUGCACAAAGACUUUUGACAGACACUUCUCUGAUGUUCCAUCAGACGCUCAGGAAACGAGACAUGGAGGAAAUACAGAGGGGGGGGGCGACAGAAUCGUUCUAUUGAACCAAAGAGUUUGGAUACAACUAACCCUUGUUCUCACCUUGAAAUAAUACAUGAAACUCUUUAAUUAAUUUAAUUGAUUAACUAAAAUUAAAUGUUUGCUUUCCUGGGUUACUGUUUUCCCAAUGAAGCAGUAAGUGUUGGCCAUCAGGGUUAGUGGCUAUUUUCACUAUGAAAAUGAAUGAAUUAGUCAAAAAAUAAUUAAUUGAAGUGUUUUGAAAGAAAGGGGUCGGGACAUGGAAUACAUUCGUUCAGUAAAUUUAAUUUAAUUGUGCUCAUCCAGAAAAUCCAAUCCAACCAGACUUUUGCAGUUUGAGCCGCUGUGCUGUUGGAGGCAAUAUGUCCCAAAUCCAGUGACACUAAAAUGUUCUAUGAAUGAGUUUGCUUUCUGUGCCACGAAACAGAAGUCUAUUAAAGUUCUGAAGACCUGCUUUAUAUUGAAAAAAUGAUCUUAUAAAGCUUUUCAAUCAAGAAAUUCAGUGAAUAAAUAUAUUUUUAAAACACA